AUGACAGAUGAGAAUGGUGAUACAGCUCUACACAAGGCCGUGCAGAGCCGAAAUCAAGAUGUAGCCAGGAUGUUGGUGAAAGAAGAUCCUGACUUCGAAUUUCCAUCCAACAAGUUCUGGGAGACACCACUAUAUCUGGAAGCUGAGUCUAGUCUCCGUGAAGCUUUGAUUGAAAUCUUGAACUCCUCCAAGCAACCGAAUUCUUCUGUAAGUAUAAUAAAUGGAACACCUCUGCAUACAGCAGUAAUUCAGGAACACACGGUUAUAUCUUUGUGCGAGGAACCUGAUGUGGGGGGUUGGAAUUUGCUGCACUUUGCUGCUCUUUUAGGAUUGAAAGAAGUAGUUUCAGAUAAGCUGGGGUGGAAAAUAUCCUUAGCCUACCUUCCAGCAGGCAGUGAAAAUGACUGGACAACAAUAAUUCACAUUGCAGCCGGUGCAGCAAUGGCCGAAAUGCUCGACAGCAAUGGCCGAAAUUCUCUUCAUGAAGCCAUAUUAUAUAGUCAAGCAAAUGUGGUGAAUUAUUUACUGAAGCCCACAAAGUGGGAUAAGCUAAUCGAGAAUCCAGACAACAAUGGCAACACGCCUCUCCAUUUGCUUGCUUCGUCUAAUUUUUCGAGCAAUGUGCCUCUGGAAUUAAAAGAUCAUCCCCGAGCAAAGAAGAUGUCAUAUAUAAAGGAAAACAAGACUCCAUUUGACAUAGCAAUGUCUUGCACAGAGUGGACGGAAGACAAGGAUAGAAUAGUACCAAACUUGUAUCACAAUUUUUUUAUUUCUAUUGCUCAAUUGGGACGAUGUUCACCCAGGCUGAACCAGAUGGAUCGAUAG